AUGGCUUCAAUGACAAAUCACGAUACGGAUUCGCAGGAUGCUGAGGCGCAGGAGGAGCUGCUGCAGGACUCCGACUGCUGCGGCAACGGCUGCACCCACUGCAUCCUGGACAACAAGCCCCGCCCGAGCAAGCGCGUCCUUCUGGCCGGCAAACGCAAUGUGAUCCUGAGCUACACGAAAUUCCGGCUUUUGCGGCGGGAAUCGCUGGAUGGCCAGGUGCUUCUCCUGCACUUUGGCCACGCAGCCGAGGCGGAGACGGAGACGGAGGACACGGUGCUGGACAUCCCACCCGGACACCAUGUAAUGAUGCGUGUGGGCUCCCUGUUGCGUCCCUAUUCGCCCUACUGGAGCGACUUCCAGGCCAAGGAGUUCCGGAUUCUGGUGAAGCUGCAGCGGGGAGGGCCCAUGUCCCGCCACCUCGCUGUCGUGCGGCCCAACGAUCUGCUGGAGUUCCGCGGACCGAUCGGGCAGUACGUGCACGACCCAACGGAGGCCAAGUGCAUCUAUAUUCUCGCCCAGGGCGUGGCCAUUGCACCCACUUUGCCGCUGGUCCGGCAGGUGCUCGAGAACGAGGAGGACAUGAGUCGCCUGUGGCACCUGGUGUGCGCCCGCGACCUGCAGCAUGUCUACUUCCGCGAGGAGCUGCUUGAGUUCGCCCAAUUCUGGAACUACAGGAGCUGCCUCUACCUGCCCCAUCAGCAGUGCGAAUCUGCCGCUUGCCAGGAGGCGGGACACUGCGAUCAGGAGUGCCCAAAUCUCCGGCGGAGUCUGCGCUACAGGGAGACGGCCAAGGUAUGCCGCUUGGAUGCCUCCGGACUGGCCACCCACGCCAAUCCCUCCAUACCCGGACAGCGCGUGCUCAUCGUGGCCGGAGACGCAAACUUCCAGAGGACCAUGGCUCAAAGUGCCACCCAUUCCUUGGCCGUGGAGCCGGCCCACAUAUAUUUGUUGUAAAUGGCAAGGAAAAUUUUAACGUCUCGGCUUAGGGCUAAGAUGAAUCAUGGUUUUACAACAGUUAACGACAAAAAACAUGAUAUAAUACCCUGGAAUACCCUGAAUCUUGGAAUACCAUCGUAG